AUGGCGUCGUAUUAUGCGCGGCUGGACAACUUCUUUGCGUUCUACGCUCCGGAGAAACGGCCGCUUGUUGCUGCCCUACUUGAAAAGUACAGUGGUAGAGAGGAGGUGAUGAUGCAGAGCCUGGUGAAGAAGUUUGGUCCGGAGCCAACUGGGCCAGCAAGCAACUUCCAAGAAAAAGAUCAUAAUUAUCGUGAGCGCCUUGUUAAUUUUUAUACCAAAUAUGCACCGAAGGAGCUUGCAAAAGUUGAUGCAAUGCUUGCGAGAUUUGCGGGGAGGGAAGAUGAACUUUUUUCAGCUCUGGUGCAAAAAUAUGGACCUGAGCCGUCCAUGUUUUGCAGUCGCGGUGACCUUAAAAGUGUGCAGUAUAUGUCUGACACGCAAUGUGAGCAGAACAGCAUCGCAAGCAGUGUUGCUGUUUCAGGCUAUAAUGUGCAUGAUACCCGAUGGCGCUUGGCGCGGAUUUUUAUGGAGCACGCUCCUGAGCGGUUAGCGAUUGUCGAUCAAAUGAUGGAGAAGUAUGCUGGUCAUGAGGAGGAGAUGCUUGUGCGUUGUGUAGAGCGUUAUGGCCCGGAACCUCCACCACCGGAUACGCAAUCACCGAGAAGCCGUUUGUCACGCUUCAUUGGGUACUAUAUGCCACAUAAAGUUUCCUCCGUGGAGUCCAUGCUGAAAAAGUACGAUGGACGCAUUGAAGCUCUCUUUGCGGCCCUAGUAUACAAACUUGGUCCGGAGCCACCCUCUACUCCUUGUACCACAUCAGCUGUGGUAGUUCCUGUAGGUAAUGAAGCGGCAGGGCCCAGUCGUGGGGUCACAGCAAUCACGGGCGGGUUUCGCGAUGAUGACGAAAAGGGAAGUCAUGAAGUUUACCAGGAUGUUGAGGAACCGGGUGAGUGGUUAAAGCAUCUUUCGUUACCCUUAUCCGCUUAUCGUCGGUAUGCUGUUAAUCGUUUGGGCGAAGAUCAUCUCAGUGUGUUAGAGAAUCGUUUUGGUGUUCCUCGUUUGCUGGAUAACAGGAAUAAUGCCGACGAUAGCGCCGUAAAGAGAUGGGUCAUUGCCAAGAAUGUGGUGACUGGAACAGGAAAUGUCAAUGCUGUCAAAGAGACCGAGGAGUUUGAGGAACCGAUGGUUGCUGAAUGCAUAAGUGCCAAUUUUGCAUGUUUUGUUUUGGUUUUGGAAACGGUGGAAUUUCCCCUGCCUGAGGACUACAUGGAGGAAAGUAUAUUUGCUUGUUAUCCGUUUUGUACUUUGCUCGGUGAUCGUGACCGUUUUGCUCUGCAGACGUGUGUAAGACUUAUGGAUUUAAAAACAGGAUUUGAAGCAGACACUGUUUCACUCUUGCGUGAGGAGGAAAACUGCCGAGAGCGAGUUUUGCAGCAAGUAGGUAGUUGGAAGCGUCAGCAUUGUGUUCAGUUGGAGGACAGGAAGUCGUAUAUGCAACGUCUUCUCCAGAGGGCACUUGAGCUUUUGCCGGAGUUUGAAGAGAAGGAGCGACAGGAGGUUAUCACAGUGGAACAGAUUGAACGUAAGGGGAAGGCGUUGUGGUUUCAUGAGGGUUUGCAAAUGAUAACGAGCGCCAACAGGGACCUCUUAACUCCGCACAGCAGACAGAAAUGGGAACAUGAGAAAAACGUGGCUGGGAGAAGCAGAUAUGCGGAUUUAUCAUCACCAUUCGCUCCUUUUUCUUGUGGUUUUCGACAUUUGAUCUCACCUCAUCCUCUGCUCAGACAAAAGGGUGACGAUUGCAUUUUGCUGUCUUCACAAUCCUCGACAAGUUCUGUGGAAGAGAGUAUGAGUGUGCCCUUGGGGGGGAGAAAAGAGACGAGGGAUAUGGCCACUGUCACAACUCCUGCAAUGUAUGCUCGCAAACCCAGCUUGCAACGGGCAACGAACGCCGACAGCGUUUUUGGUCUUUUGGAAGUCUCUCCUCAACCAAAAAAGCCUAGUGAGGUGGUGGACCCCAUUCAGCGUGUGCUUCGAUUUAACGAGCCACUAACGGGAAGCAGACGGACGAUGCACACUGAAAAUAGGCUAGGCAUCACAGGACGUGACAAGUGGGGUCCAGCUAGAGAAGGAAGACUUUCUGAAGUUGCUCCUCCGCCGUGCCAGGAUGCACGCGAGGCCAUUUUGUUAAGUGAAACGCCAGAAAGUUUUGUGGAUCAUGUCUCAACCGAUCAAAGUGACAGGGCGUCUAGUCCCGCAUAUCGCUAUGUGCCUUUUUUUUUUGAAAAGGAGGAUAUCUUUCGUUCUGGUCCCUAG